AUGUCACCAUCCAUCCCGAGAACGAUGCGCGCGUUGGUCACCGCCGAAGGUCACACCGCGGUGGUGAAGGAGAUCCCGACCCCGACAGCUGACUACGGCGAGAUCCUGGUCAAGGUCGUCGCCGCCGCGCAGAAUCCGGCGGACUGGAAGCACGUCGGGUGGUCUACGCAGCCCGACCUUAUCGUCGGCUGCGACUUCGCCGGAGACGUGGUCGAGGUAGCCGAGGGUGCGGAAGGGUUUCGCGUCGGAGACCGGGUCGCUGGAUUUGUUUACGGCUCGCAGUACAAGGACCGGGGCGCGUUCGCGGAGUACGUGAAGAACGACUGUGCGCUCUCGUGGCAUGUACCGGACGGGGUCUCGUACGAAGAGGCGGCCACCAUGAGUGUCGGGUUCUUCACGGCCGCGCAGACCAUGUUCCAUCCCAAGAACCUGGGGCUGGUCGGCUAUCCGGACAAAUGGACGGGUUCCUCGGAUCCGGAGGGGAACGCGGCGGCGCCGUGGGUCCUGGUGUUCUCCGGGGCGACGUCGGUGGGCAUGUAUGCGAUCCAGCUCGCGCACCUCGCCGGCUACCGCGUCGUGACGACGGCCUCGCCCAAGAACGUGGAGCUCGUGAAGGCGCUCGGCGCCGAUGUCGUAGUCGACUACCGCGAUCCCGAGGUGUCGCGGAAGGUGCGCGAAGCCACGAACGGCGAGCUUCAUCUCGGGUUGGACACGUUCGCGUCGGCGGAGACGCAGGAGGCGUCGGUCAGGGCCUUUGGUCCCGGGCGGGGUAAACUGAUCGCGAUCCUGCCGGUGCAGGAGAGCGCGAGGGCGAUCAGGGAGGACGUGGAGAUCAAGGGCACCAUGUUGUACACGGCCAGCCGUCUCCCGCAGUCCGGGCCUACCUCUAUGGGCGGGCAGUUGCCCGCUGCAUCCGAGGAUCACCGGCAGGUGGCGGAUUGGAUGCCGAAGAUCACGGAAUUGCUGCAGAAAGGACUGGUCAAGCCCAACCCGGUCAAGCUCUGGCCUGGAGGUCUGGACGCGGUCGUGGAGGGUUUCGAGUAUAUGAAGAGCGGGAGACUGAGCGCGGAGAAGAUCGUGUACCGGGUUUGA